GUAGGGACGGGACUGACAACUCAUGGGGAGCUCAGUGACUCCAAGCGUGGUCCCGUGAUAGGUAGCCACCCAAGCAACCAGGGGCAGACUGACAACUCAUGGGGCCCCUGGGCAAUAGGGGAUCAUGGGGCCCCUGUGUCCUUACCCAAACUCAGAAAAGCCUAUGAAAAAGGUACCAGGGGCAUCUCAUGGGGCCCCCUACUGACCCCGGGCCCUCGGGCAGUGCCCGAGUUUCCAAAUGGUCAGUCUGCCCCU